ACUACCUGUUUAUGAUUGAACGAAAAUGACAGCGUUAAGGCUCUCAGUGUUAAUUACAAUUUUGGUGCUAAUUCGCUUCGAUAGAACGGAUGGAAUAAGUUAUACUGCGCAAGCAGUGACCCUUUAUGCAGACACGACAGACUUGUCAGCUGGUUACUCACCACAUCUGACAUGUAACCAUAACUACAACCGACUCGUCUCGUGGUGGCUAAAUGGCGAAAUAGUUCUGAGAUCGCAAGUAAACGGAGAAGAAUGCCAUAAUGAACCAACGCAUCCGGACUAUCUGGCCGACUGUACGUGUGCAAACUCAGCGCACACAUGUACACUUAAGGAUUUGUCCUGGUCUAACUUUGGUGACCGAUGGGCGUGCUCUAUUGGAAUAGUACAAAGUAACAUUCUGACAUUAACAUUGCCAGCUCCAAAAUCGGUGACCCUAUAUGCAGACACGACAGCCGUGUCAGCUGUUCACUCACCACUUUUGACUUGUCACCAUGACAACUACCCAAUCGUCUCGUGGUGGCAUAAUGGAAAAAUAGCUCUGAGCGCAAAAGUAAACGGAGGAGACUGCCUGAAUACCCCAACGAAUCCUGAUUAUCUGACCAACUGUACAUGUUCAUACACAGUGCACAUAUGUACACUUAGGAACUUGGACAGGUCUAACGUUGGUGACCAAUGGGCGUGCUGUAUAAACGAGUCGGAUGGUACUGUUAUAAAAAGUAACAUUCUGACAUUAGAAUUGCCAGCUCCCAAAUCAGUGAACCUAUCUGCAGACACGACAGACGUGUCAGCUGGUCAUUCACCGCAUCUGACUUGUCACCAUGACAACUACCCAAUCGUCUCGUGGUGGCUAAAUGGAGUAAAAGCUCUGAGCGCGCAAGUAAACGCAACAGACUGCCUCAAUACCCCAACGAAUCCAGCUUAUUUGACCGACUGUACGUGUACACAAACAGUGCACACAUGUACACUUGAAAACUUCAACACGUCUAACGUUGGUGACCAAUGGGCGUGCUCUAUUAGCGAUUGGGAUGGUACUGUUAUAAAAAGUAACAUUCUGACAUUAACUUUGCCAGCUCCCAAAUCGGUGAACCUAUCUGCAGACACGACAGACGUGUCAGCUGGUCACUCACCUUAUCUGACUUGUCUUCAUGAAAACUACCCAAUCGUCUCGUGGUGGCUAAAUGGAGAAAUAGCUCUGAUCGCGCAAGUAAACGGAACAGAGUGCCUGAAUACCCCAAAGAAUCCAGCUUAUCUGACCGACUGUACGUGUACAUACACAGUGCACACAUGUACACUUAAGAGCUUCAACAGGUCUAACGUUGGUGACCAAUGGGCGUGCUCUAUUAGUGAUUGGGAUGGUAUUGUAAUAAAAAGUAACAUUCUGAAAUUAACUUUGCCAGAUGUUGUCUGGUAA